AAGCAGGUCCCAGCCACCUCUCAAGGUCCCUCGCUCAGGUCUGAAGUUUCAGCCCCCAGCCCCAGGCGCCAUGGGGGAGUGGGCGUUCCUGGGCUCGCUGCUGGACGCUGUGCAGCUACAGUCGCCGCUCGUGGGCCGCCUCUGGCUGGUGGUCAUGCUGAUCUUCCGCAUCCUGGUGCUGGCCACCGUGGGCGGCGCCGUGUUUGAGGACGAACAGGAGGAGUUCGUGUGCAACACGCUGCAGCCGGGCUGCCGCCAGACUUGCUACGACCGCGCCUUCCCGGUCUCACACUACCGCUUCUGGCUCUUCCACAUCCUGCUGCUCUCGGCGCCCCCUGUGCUGUUUGUCAUCUACUCCAUGCACCAGGCCAGCAAGGAGACCGGCGGCGCGGAGGCGGUGUGCGCCAGCGGGCGGCCCGAGGGCCCCUGCGCAUCCUGCGCCCUGCGCGCCCGCCGCGCUCGGCGCUGCUACCUGCUGAGCGUGGCGCUGCGCCUGGGGGCCGAGCUGGCCUUCCUGGGCGGCCAGGCGCUGCUCUACGGCUUCCGCGUGGCCCCGCAUUUCGCGUGCACCGGCCCGCCCUGCCCGCACACGGUUGACUGCUUCGUGAGCCGGCCCACGGAGAAGACCGUCUUCGUGGUCUUCUACUUCGCCGUGGGGCUGCUGUCGGCGCUGCUCAGCGUGGCCGAGCUUGGCCACCUGCUCUGGAAGAGCCGCCCGCGCGCGGGGGAACGCGACAAUCGCUGCAGCCGCGCGCACGAGGAAGCGCAGAAGCUGCUCCCGCCGCCGCCGCCGCCCUUGCCCUCCAGGCGCCCGGGGCCAGACCCCUACGCCCCGCCCGCCUAUGCGCAUCGGGCGCCCGCCGGCGACGGCGAGGGCGGCAACAGCCGCAGCAAGGCGUCACUGGCUACUGGCCGCCAGGAUCUGACCAUCUAGCGGCGGGCACUGCCUCGGGCGGACGGUGAGGUCCAAGGCGGCACCCCACCAGCAGCAAGAAGCGACUUCCGCAAGAGCUGUGGCUGAACUUGCCGCGCUGGAGACCGCAGUGGGGAUAGCCCGCAGGUCGCAGCUGCCUGAGCUCCCUCCCACGUGCCGGGCUGGCAGCAGCUGGGGCCUUGAUGAGCUGGAAGCGGAGAAGGAACUCAGGUCCUUGAUGUCACCAUCCAGGUGGAAAGGAUGGAGGCUGGGGCCUCAGAGAGUGGACAGGAAGUGGGCUGAGCAGAGUGGAAGGUGGAAGGCAGGCAGUAGGUCACCUGGUGGUUUUACUGUGAUACCAGCGUUCCCAGGUGCUCUCCUGGGAGAGAGGAGCGGCCUCCGUGUGGGCUCUCUGUGGGUGUGCACACACACGCAUAGGCACCGUGAGCUGUGUGUGCAUGUGCACGUGUAGACCCCUUGUGAGCUCUUCGUGUAUGUGCAUGUGUGACGUGCAUGGUGCAUGCUUACACACGGACGUGUAAGCCCUAGGUGAGCUGUGUGUGUGCACGGACACGUGUAUGUCCUGUGUGAAUUCUGUGAGUGCACUGCAUUGUACACGUGCACGUGUCCCUGCUGCACCGAUUCCCUAUGUGUGCACGUGUCACCUCUGUGUGCCCACCUGUACACAUGCACAUCCUGUGAGUUCUCUGUACGUGCAAGGGGCAUCCGGUGUGAGCCCCGAGUGUGUGUGUUCUCUGACAUGCACUGUAGGGGUGGCCAGGAUCCAAUGCCAGCACCAGCCACAAUGGCUCCCUCCCUACUGCCUAAAGCCAGCCCACCUGCAAGGGUUCAGGAAGUCUCCUUUCUUGAGAGCCCACCCAGGAAGGGAGGGGGAGGGGCGCACCCACUCCCAGGGCAGGCCUCAGUCCCUAGGGCUGUGAGUACAUCCACAUUGUCCACCUUUUGGCCCUGCAGGGAGGCUGGGGGUGGGUGUGGGGCCAGAGGGCAGCACAGACAGGUGGACAGGCGUCGUCCCUUCCUCUCACAUCUUCACCCUUCAUGCCACGCUGCUGCUUCCCCAGUCUACACACUAGUCAAGUUCCUUCCAUCCUCAGGAGAAACCUUACCCCAAAACAAAUUAUUUGCCACCAGCCAGCCCCUUAUUCCCCCCAGUCAUUCAAAGAGCUGUCUAUAGGGCUGCCUGCACCUCCUCCCGCCUCAUCCCUGCCCAUCUGUUCUCCUUCUUCACCACCCCAGUGGACUGCUCUCCAUAAGACCACC